GGCGGCAGCUGCUUCCUGGUUUGAAGCUCGCGGAGGGGGGGAGAGCGUGAGCCCGCAGAGGCGGGGGCAGGAGUAGAAGCAGGGAAGGCGGGGGAAGAGACGCUUGUGGCUGGAGCUAAGCUAACCGGACGGGUCGCUCCGGCUCUCGGGGGAGAGGAGCUGCUUGGCCCUGGAGAAGGGGCGAGUCUCACGCGAGCCUCGGGAAGCGCCGCCCGCUCGAGAGGGACGACCCGGCUUUCCCAGCCCUCUUAGGGCUAGCGCCGGGCUCCCCUCCUUUCCACCUCGGGAGGGAGGGAGGGAAGGAGGGGAGGAGGAGGUCCCACGGAGAGAUAGAAUGGCCAGUCGAGGGGUGCUUGGGCUCUGCUUUCCCCCAGAGCUGCCUCCACUCCUGCGGCUGCCGCGAGGGCUAGCCUGAGCUGGGGCUCCUCGCUCUCCUGCUGCGAGCCCGUGCGGUCCCCCGGGGCCGGGGAGCGGCGCGGGUAUGUCGUCCGGCACCAUGAAGUUCAAUGGCUAUUUGAGGGUCCGCAUCGGCGAGGCUGUGGGGUUACAACCCACCCGCUGGUCCCUGCGCCACUCACUCUUCAAGAAAGGCUACCAGCUGCUGGACCCCUACCUGACGGUAAGCGUGGACCAGGUGCGCGUGGGCCAGACCAGCACCAAGCAGAAGACCAACAAGCCAACGUACAAUGAGGAAUUCUGCGCUAACGUCACGGACGGGGGCCACCUCGAGCUGGCCGUCUUUCACGAGACGCCGCUGGGCUACGACCACUUCGUGGCCAACUGCACCUUGCAGUUCCAGGAGCUGCUGCGCACGGCCGGCGCCUCGGACACCUUCGAGGGCUGGGUGGAUCUGGAGCCAGAAGGAAAAGUAUUUGUGGUAAUAACCUUAACUGGGAGUUUCACUGAAGCUACUCUCCAGAGAGACCGCAUCUUCAAACAUUUCACCAGGAAACGCCAAAGGGCUAUGCGAAGGCGAGUCCACCAGAUCAAUGGACACAAGUUCAUGGCCACAUACCUGAGGCAGCCCACUUACUGCUCACACUGCAGGGAGUUUAUCUGGGGAGUAUUUGGGAAACAGGGUUACCAAUGCCAAGUGUGCACCUGCGUCGUCCAUAAGCGCUGCCAUCAUCUAAUUGUUACAGCCUGUACUUGCCAAAACAAUAUUAACAAAGUGGAUUCAAAGAUUGCUGAACAGAGGUUUGGAAUCAACAUCCCACACAAGUUUAGCAUUCACAACUACAAAGUGCCAACCUUCUGUGAUCACUGUGGCUCUCUGCUCUGGGGGAUAAUGAGACAAGGACUUCAGUGUAAAAUAUGUAAAAUGAAUGUGCACAUUCGAUGUCAAGCGAACGUGGCCCCUAACUGUGGGGUGAAUGCAGUGGAGCUGGCCAAGACCCUGGCAGGAAUGGGUCUCCAACCUGGAAAUAUUUCUCCAACCUCGAAACUCGUUUCCAGAUCAACCCUAAGACGACAAGGAAAGGAGAGCACCAAAGAAGGAAAUGGGGUCGGAGUGAAUUCUUCCAGCCGACUUGGUAUCGACAACUUUGAGUUUAUCCGAGUGUUGGGGAAGGGGAGUUUUGGGAAGGUGAUGCUCGCAAGAAUAAAAGACACAGGAGACCUCUAUGCUGUGAAGGUGCUGAAGAAGGACGUGAUCCUGCAGGACGAUGAUGUGGAGUGCACGAUGACCGAGAAGAGGAUCCUGUCCUUGGCCCGCAAUCACCCCUUCCUCACUCAGUUGUUCUGCUGCUUUCAGACUCCUGAUCGUCUGUUUUUUGUGAUGGAGUUUGUGAAUGGCGGCGACUUGAUGUUCCACAUCCAGAAGUCUCGUCGUUUUGAUGAAGCACGAGCCCGUUUCUAUGCUGCAGAAAUCAUUUCGGCACUUAUGUUCCUACACGAGAAAGGAAUCAUCUACAGAGAUCUGAAACUGGACAAUGUACUCUUGGAUCACGAGGGCCACUGCAAACUGGCAGACUUCGGAAUGUGCAAGGAGGGGAUUUGCAAUGGAGUCACCACGGCCACAUUCUGUGGCACGCCCGACUAUAUUGCUCCAGAGAUCCUGCAGGAAAUGCUGUACGGGCCUGCAGUGGAUUGGUGGGCCAUGGGCGUGUUGCUCUACGAGAUGCUCUGUGGACAUGCGCCCUUUGAGGCGGAGAAUGAAGACGACCUCUUUGAGGCCAUACUGAAUGAUGAAGUGGUCUACCCUACCUGGCUCCAUGAAGAUGCCACAGGGAUCCUAAAAUCUUUCAUGACCAAGAACCCCACUAUGCGCUUGGGCAGCCUGACUCAGGGAGGUGAGCACGCUAUCUUGAGACAUCCUUUUUUUAAGGAAAUUGACUGGGCCCAGCUGAACCAUCGCCAACUGGAGCCACCUUUCAGACCCAGAAUUAAAUCCCGAGAAGAUGUCAGUAAUUUUGACCCUGACUUUAUAAAGGAAGAGCCAGUUUUAACUCCAAUUGAUGAGGGACAUCUUCCUAUGAUUAACCAAGAUGAGUUUAGAAACUUUUCCUAUGUGUCUCCAGAAUUGCAACCAUGAGAUGAGAGAGAUGGUCUGAGAACCAAAAAGGAAAAGAGAUUUUCCAGGAAUUUCCUUUGUGGGAAUUCUCUAGCAUCUGCCUUAGAACAAGAACCUUACCUUCAAGGAGCAAGAAGAGAAGCCCAUGAAGGUUGGAACUUCAAGAGAUCAAUUAUUUCAAGUCCAGAGGGAGUCACAGUACUGGAAAUAGUUGAUACUGAAAGGAGAUUUCAUGAAGUUUCCUGUUCAACCUGUGAGUUUCCGUGGCUAUUGCAAGCUUGGGGCAGUAACAAGAGCCAAGAGGAGAGAAGGCAUGAAGAAGAAAUUAGAUCCAAGAAAUUCUGAGCCAAACAGGCUUUUUUACUUCAAGAGAUAAGUGAAGACUUUCUAUGGAUGACUCUGCACACUUCUUUAAGCCAGUGAACUCCUCACACAGUCCAGGAGAAGUCUUUAAAUGCUAAUGAAGAACUUACAGGUCUUUUUUAAGGAAAUGCAUAGCUUUGCAAAUAGGAUGAUUUUUCUCUGAUGAAACAAAAAGUGGUAUCUAUAAAACUCACAACUUAAAG